AUUAAAAACUGCCAUUAAAAUGAACAGAAAUUAUCAAUAUCUCCACCGAGUACAUGAUGCGGUCGUAACGAGUUAGGCGAGGCAUUUACCGCCCGGCUUGAUACUCAUGCUUUAGAGAACGAUCAAUCAAAUGUGUACUGUUUCAGACAGAAACAUGUACAGUGUUUUUCUGCGAGUGUAGACAGCGGUAGACUCAGUUCACUGCCUUCACAGCUUCCGAGAACCCGCAAGCUAGCGAGCUAGCUUCAUUGCUGCAGCCUGGACCGCUGAAACAACGCAGGGAGGCAACAAGCAGACAAGAGCGGAAGACACGUCGCAGUAGGCAGCAUUGAAUCCGUUGUGUUGCAAGGGCUGAGGCUGUGGCUGCCCCGGAAAUACAGAUGAAAUAUUGAAAACACACCAGCCACUGGCGUGUGAGGCCAGCUGUCUUGCAGACAGGACAGCAAACACUCCUUUUCUCUCUCACACACACGCAUACACACACAUUUCAAUCAGCUGUCUUUUGGUGCUGUACUGUAAGCCCAAUGGCAAGCAGGAGAAAGUCCACGACCCCUUGCAUGGUCCUGCCGUCAGACAUGGUGGAGCAGGACCCCGAGAUGGAGGCCAUGGAUGCAAGUGAGGGAACCGGGAUUGGGAUCACAGAGGCGGGACCCACGGAGGGAGCUGUCCCACCAGCUGACCUGGAGCCAGAGCAUGAUGGACGCCAUUACACCGGUGAGGACAGCUUUGCUCGCAUGAAACGGCAAAGUCAAACUGGCGUCUUGGAUCCUUCACCCCCAGACCUCACAUAUGAGGGUGGCUUUUCUCAGCCUGACGUGGAGGACAGCGAAGACCCAUCACAGUCCAGCAUUUCACUCAGCAAGACCCCGAUCAUGAAGAUGAAGAGCAAAUCGGAACCCAAGAGGAUUGCGGUGUCGCUGAAAGGCGCGGACGAGGGCGACGCAGUCCCGGACAGCGACGGCGACCCGGAGCCCAUGGACACGUCGUCUGUGGUGGCUCCCAUACCUGCCGAGAUUCUCAGCCAAAUCCCCAUGGAUCCAACCAAGUCCAACAUCCUCGUCAACAUUCCCAGCCCACUGAUGGCCGACACCAAGAAGACGGUGUUCAACCAGGCCACGGUUCUUCCUGCCGGCCUGGCACAGGUCCUCUCCGCCCUGCAGGCGCAGCAGAGUGCCCAGGCUCAGCUCCUGAUCCCCGUCAGCAGCAUCCCCACCUACAACUCUGCCAUGGACACCAACACGAUCCUGGUGAACACCUACAAAAAGUUCCCCUAUCCCUCUGUGUCAGAGAUCAUGGGGCUGUCGGCUCAAACCAAGUUCAGCGAGGAGCAGAUCAAAAUCUGGUUCUCGGCGCAGCGGCUGAAGCACGGCGUGAGCUGGACCCCUGAGGAAGUGGAGGAGGCCCGACGGAAGCAGUUCAACGGCACGGUGCACACGGUGCCCCAGACCAUCACCGUCAUCCCGGCUCACCACCUCUCGGCCACCAACGGGUUGCAGUCCAUCCUGCAGACGUGCCAGAUAGUGGGGCAGCCGGGUCUGGUCUUGACCCAGGUGGGCACCGCCAACAGCCUGCCGGUCACCACCCCUAUAACGUUGACUGUGGCCGGGGUCCCCACUCAAGCUCAGGCCCCAAAGGUCAUCAGCUGCCAGGCCAGCCCUGCAGUGAGCGAGACCAAGAGAGCUACAACUGUCCAGCCCCCAUCCCUCACCCCGCAGGAGAAUUCGGCCCUCAGCGCAGACCACUUUGGCAUGAGGCCCAAGAAGUCCAAGGAGCAGCUGGCCGAGCUGAAGGCCAGCUACCUAAAGAACCAGUUUGCCAGCGACGCAGAAAUCGCUCGCUUAAUGAAACUCACCAACCUGACUAAGGGCGAAAUCAAGAAGUGGUUCAGUGACACGCGCUACAACCAGCGCAACUCCAAGAACAGUCAUGUCAUAGUUUUCCAUGACAACGCUCGGUCUAACAGCAACAGUGGUCCCAUCGUCAUUGAUUCCAGUGAUGAGACACCUCAGUCCCCCAUCCCCUCACCCGUCAAGGAGAAGGAGACGCGUGCAAAGACCUGGAACCCUUUCCCCGAUUUCACGCUGCAGAAGUUCAAGGAGAAGACUCCUGAGCAGCUAGUGGUUUUGGAGGAGAGCUAUCAGAAAUAUGACACGCCCACGGACGAUGAGCUCAAUAGACUAAGGGCGGAAACGAAACUCACCAGGCGAGAGAUUGACGCCUGGUUCACCGAGAAACGGAAAACCCCAUCGGUGGUAGCAGCAGCAGCAGCAGCAGCAGCAGCAGCAGCAGCAGCAGACCAGACUGACCCGAAAGGGGACAAGUCCGAGGGAGAGUCCCGGAAGGGGAGCCAGACUCCUCCGGGAGCGAGACGCUCCAGCAAAGACAAAAUCACGAAGAAAACCCCCGAACAGUUGCACGUUCUGAAGAGUGCCUUUGUGCGCACGCAGUGGCCGACCACCGAAGAGUACGACAAGCUGGCCGAUGAGAGCCGUUUGCCAAGGUCGUACAUAGUCAACUGGUUCGGAGACACCCGCUACGCCUGGAAGAAUGGGAAUCUCAAGUGGUAUUUUUACUACCAGAGUGGGAACGUCGAGGGCAUAAACGGGAACAAGAGCAGGAAGAGGAGAGUGCGGAAUCGGGGCUGGGGUCGGUCCCGCAGCCGGAGGCCCAAGAAGACCGUGGACCCCGAGAAGCCCCCUCCAAUCAAGUUCAAGUCCGGCAAAGACACGCUCAAGGAGUACUACCUAAAGCACAAGUUCCUCAAUGAGCAGGACCUGGACGAGCUGGUGGCCAAGUCGAGCAUGAGUUAUGAGCAGGUCCGGGAGUGGUUCACCGAGAUCCGACGGAAAGUGGAUGCGGGCGUGGAUCCCUUCGGGGAAGGGGAAGGGGAGGGGGAGGGGGGGGAGGGGGCCGAGGAAGACGAUGACGACACUGACGACAGUGAAACAUGGGAGCCUCCACAGAGCGUCAGAAAAACUGAGUCGGCUUCCGAGGAACAGUGAAAGGGGUCAGUUGGCGGUUGGUUGUCGACGGAUACAGCACAUGUUUUAAGUUCAGUACUGUCAGUGUGAUUUGAGAAGCACUGCCUGACUGAGACUCCCACUUUUACCUGCCACCAUUUCACACGUUGCACCUUACACACCUAAUCAUUCAAGCAUUUUAGGCCUGUGUUAGUAUUUGCGCUUUGAAGAUAACGACAACCAUUUGAGCAAAAAAGAAAUAUAACCGAAAUGGACACUGAUGGUCAAAAAUCCACUCUAACCGGAGUAGCAGUAUUUCAACAACAUGAAGAAUUCUAAUCAAUCCAAUUAGAGUAUCGGAUAGAGCAUAAUCAGCACAUUUGUAAAAUGUAAUUAAAUUAUAAUUACUAAGUGUAUUUUGAAUCCCCCUGAAGAACAGCAUUGCUUAUGUACUGAAAAGAGGCAUGAGGGGAAGGAUUUACUGUAAAGGGUUUGUUUAUUGCUUACUUGCAAGGAGGACCUGUGGUGCCAAAGCUACUCAGUUGAAUGUUCUGGUCCCCUGUGCUGUUGCUGUUACAAGAGGUGUCCACCAGGGGAGUAUGCAUGGUUUGUGUGAUCUCCAGAGGUGCUGGCAGGUCGACACACAAUUAGGCACUUUGUCAACCACUUGUGUUAUUUGAUAGUGGUUUAAAAGAGAGAGAGCGAGAGCGAGUGAGAGAGAGAGAGACACUUGACUAGCCACCUUAAUUCUCAACAACCAUCUGAUGGUUUUGAGAGACCAAACAUUUAUUAACAUAAAAUGAUGUACCAGGAAAGGAAAAAAACACACAUUUUGCCUCUGGUGCCCUCCGUAGCUGUUGAGUGGCUAAGAGGAGAUGACCACAUAUGCCCUUAUUCCACCAUAUACUGACGAUGAUCUGUAAAGUGAAACAGCACAACCAACAAACAACCAAUGAAGAGCUGUGGCUAUAGCUGCUUGUAGUCUAUCAGACCUGCACUAUGUGGAUGGUAUUUUUAAUCUUCUUAAUUGCCCUGUGUCUUUGUGUUUUUUUUAUUAUGAUAAUCAUGUAAAACAGUAAAUUGCCUAGUGCCUGUGUGUAAGGGGGAGUGGAGCCGACUUGUGGACUCUUAACAUUUUUUUUCCAACUGGACUGUUUCAAAGCCAGUCUUUUCUAAUUUGUGUCUAAAUUGCAUGUCGCCUUUUAUUGUUUUGCGCUAAGUAGUAUAUAGGGCUGUACAACCCUUAUCUCUUAUCCUCCUCCUCUUCGUCCUCUAGUUUCCUUUCCUUCUCUCUUGUCUUCAGAAUCCACGCAAAGAUCUACUUUUUUGUGUGUUUCAGCGUGUGUGUUCUAAUGGUAUUGAUCUAUUCAACUAGAUGAAAAUAAUCCUGCAAAACCAGUUAAAAUACCUUUCAUGAAUAUUGUUUCAACUACACAAUUAAGAAGUUUUCAUCCAGAAAAUCAAUAUAAUUGCCUUGAAGACACGUUUACGUGCACCGCAGUAGAGUUUUACUGAGAUUGAUUGAUUACCUAAAAGUGAUAGAGUAAAAACCUCUUUACCAUGCAGCUUGGUGGUAUAAGACCUUUUGAUUUUCGUUUUAUGCGCAUGAAAAACAUGACUAGUAUUGGCAUUACUAGAAAUUGAAAACACUGAUCCCAAGUACAGCAUGCAAUAACUUUUAGUUAGUCACAGGAUAAAAGUUUGCUCAUUUUGUACAUACUGUCUUUUAUGCUCCCAAAUUGUACAAGUAGUUUUUAAUAGUUUUAUAUAUGUUUAUAUUUAUGAUGAUAAAAUCCACCUUGAAUUUACUGAAUUUACCACCUUGAAUUUAGUUUUAUGGUAUGCUGUGGAUGAUUGGACAUAAUCCGUGCAGACUGGCUACUUUGCACCUUUUCGAAAGCGGAAUUGAUGUAGAUUCAGCCACAAAGUUGAACUGGUUUUUGAAUCAUUUCAGUUUUUAGUUUAGCUUCUGAGUGCAUUUUCCUGUAGAUUUCCCUUUAACCAUACUACCAUAUUGUGCAGUUGAGGUAAUGAGUGUGUGUGGUGUUAAGUACUGUCUUAACAUAGUCAAUAAUACUUUUAACCCCUUGUGUCAUAUUUCUCAACCUAGAAGUCCUCUGGUUUCGCAAGCUUGUUCUCUAGUUUGAUCAUUAGUUGCUUCUAGAAACACUUUUUUUGUAUUUUGUGUGUCAGUGCAGAAAAAAUGGUGGGUUUUAAUGAAAUGUACCUGUUAGCUUUUCAACAGUCAUUUCACACUGACCACAUUGGUACUAGACUUAAGACUAGUAAUGUACUUGUUAACAGUUAUCAGUGUGGAAUCUAAUGCCUCAUUGCAUUUUAGUUCAGACACUUUGAGAUGCUCAGCAAAGUUACAGAGAACCUGGAGCCAUCACUGAAGUGUUACUGGUUUCACUGUUAUUGAUUUGAAUGAGCCUGGAUGGAUAUUCUGUAGGCACCUCUGCUGUCAGUGUCAAAAGCUUUAUUCCCCUGAGCCAUAGGCCUUGUGCAAUGUUAUUAAUUUAAAUUGAAUUGUCCUUCUAGGCUGUGGCUUGAUUUAGACAAAAAUAUAUAUUUUAUACUUGUUUGAGGAUCAAACAAAUAAAUUUGAAUGAAAACAAA